CAAAGUUAUCAUAAGCUCUUCAGUGUUUCACCAUGAAGUUCCUAGUUGUUUUCGCUUUGUUUUUGGCUACCGCCUGCGCUUCACCAGCGCUCGUUCAACGUCAGCGCUUCAUGCCUGUGUUGGCUGACACCGCCGAAGGACGUAUUACCAAUGGCCAAGCCGCUUCUGUUGGUCAAUUCCCCUAUCAAGUUGGUCUAUCAUUGAAAUUGAGCGCUCUGUCGUCAGCUUGGUGCGGUGGUUCUUUGAUCGGCACCAACUGGGUACUUACUGCUGCUCACUGUACCGAUGGCGUUCAAUCCGUUACUGUCUACUUGGGCGCCACUGUCCGCACAUCCGCUGAGUUGCAAUACACCGUGUCAAGCAGCAACAUCAUCAUCCACUCUGGCUGGAACUCCAACACUCUGAAAAACGAUAUCUCCCUCAUCAAGAUCCCAUCUGUUUCCUACACCACCAGAGUACAAGCCGUGAAAUUGCCCUCAAUCUCUAGCUCUUACUCAACAUAUGUUGGAGAAACCGCCAUUGCUUCCGGUUGGGGAAAAAUUAGCGACUCCGCCACUAGUGUAACCAACCAAUUGCAAUACGCUGAUGUACCCAUUGUUGCCAACUCUGUGUGCGUCAAGACCUACGGCAGCUCAUCAGUGCCUUCCACUGUUAUCUGCAUCUCAACCACUGGCGGUAUUUCUACUUGCAACGGUGACUCUGGCGGUCCAUUGGUGUUGAAAUCGACUGGUGUACAAAUCGGUUUGACUUCUUAUGGUGCCAGUGCUGGCUGUGCUAAGGGUUACCCAGCUGUAUUCACCCGCGUCACCAGCUACUUGGACUGGAUUUCGACAAACACCGGCAUCUCUUAUUAAAUGGUUUUGAAAUUGUAUGAAUAUAUGAUUAAAUAAAUGAUGAUUUGAACUAAAA